GUCUUUUCGGUGAAAACGCCUUUCUCCUGGUCAGACCUCAGUUGAAUGCAUCACUAGCCGUGUCGUAUUGCUGUGCGCUUGGUUUGCUGUUGGCUCCUACCACUGCUCUGUUGUCAUGGGCCCGCCGGGUGGAUUUAAGGGAGUGCAAAUAGCGAUGUGGGUCACACUGCUGCUAGCCAUUGUCUUCAUGAUCGUCGCCGCAGCUGUCCCGCAGUGGUACGUAAAGAGCUAUAGAACCUAUGGACUCUGGAAGAAGUGCUAUAUAUACACAGGUGGCUACUCAGCCAAGUCAAUCUGCCGGGCGUACAGCACCAGCUCCCUAGCAGCGAGCAGCCUAAGCAGUGCUCGAGGCUUCUCUACCCUUGCCAUCAUCCUUGCCCUAGUCGGCAUGCUCUUCGCCGGGGCCAUCGAGCUCAUGACCAACAAGUUAAGCCUGCUAAGGGUUCCCCGUUUCUUUUUCGGCAUUGCAGGUGGCUUUACGGCGAUCUCCGCCCUCUCGUUUGUGGCAUGGGUUCACAUAGAAGACGACUUCUACGGCAACUACAGCUAUGGCGCUAGCUUUGGCCUGGCCUGGGUUGCCGUGUUCUUGUCCGUCGCCGCAACUGCCUUUGCACAUCUACACCACAGGGCGCUGGCUUUUGAAGCUAUUCAGUCUAUUCAGGCUAUUCAAGGCCAAACGCCUGCUAAGCCUGUAUAGCUCAUGCGGACUGCAUCGCCAGCUAGCAUGUACUGUACACCGUACGAAGAUCAUUCCCCAGGGUUUCUAGCUGGCAACAAUUUUCUUCUACAUGUAGUUUUGCCUAUUCUGCAGUUGCACGCGUGUGUUCACCUCAUUGGCCUCGCUCGUUCCUCAUUUGUUUUGUUCAUUUGGCUUAUGCGAAGACUAGCCAAGUUUGCUUGGUGAUGUCAACGCGGACAAGCUUAUAAUAGUGUACCAAUACCCUUUCCUCGCAUUGCAAAUUUUAUGCAUAAAGUCUCUUUUAGGAUAUUUCCUGGACACCUCAGCGCUCGAAGACAUCCAUAAUACUGUAUGUAGUGAAAGUCACCACGAAUCGCGCACACUACUUUUCUGGUAAUGUUCUUGUGCGAUCCACCGAGGAAUUUGGGUGGAUCUUUUACUAGCAUGCCAUUUUCUAUAACGCUCUAAACGACUUCAUUGCUAGACGUAAUUGUGUAUAUUCUCUGACGAUCACUUGUCGCAAUUGAAAUCAGCAUCGUGAAGAAGAGGUCUCACCCAUUGAAUUGCA